AUGGCCAGCGACGUAGUAGCUGCCGUCCAAGCUGCCGAGAGCUUCAUCAACAGCGUCUCCAGCAAAAUUGAGUCCUCGCAGCCAUCGCCGGCCUCGACGAACAGCUCGAAGGAUAGCGGGUGCCAGGAGGAGAAUAAUAAUGCGCAGGUUAAGCCAAGACCGCUGGUUGAGCAGCGAAGCUCGCGAGGGUCUGUCGGGUCUGUAUCACCGGUAUUGGAGCAGUUGGAGCAAAUGAUUGUUAGCGAUGAAUGGGUGGAUAGGGACGGUUCAACAAGUUCGGGGCAUACGCCGGUUUCGCGGGUACGAUCAAGGGAGGGGCAGAAGUUGAGCGAGUUGGGAAGAACGUUGGUCACGUCCGCUUCAUUGAAGGCGUACAUCGACCUUCUCGGUAACCACCACCGCCAAAGUAUUGCCGCAUGGCUUUAUGGUAACACCUGCAGCGCGUUCACGCAGCAAUUCCGCUUUGCCGAUUCGGCCGUCUAUUGUUCGCCGCAAGAGGGAAACAUCCAUCAAUCCGUCCGACACGGAAUUGGGCAAGCCGUUCGUCUCGCCCUCAUCGAAGCCUAUGGAGGGGCAUAUGAAACGAGUGGAUGGAAGGCAUUUGCCGAACAGGGAGCUCCAGUCAUCUAUCUUUCACCGGCUCUUCAUUUGGAAGUUGCUUCUUACUUGACAACCGAAUUCGGAAUCUCGGAUAUUGUACAGCUUGAGAAGUUGCCCGCCGAAAUGUCUGACAUCGAAGGCCGAAUUGACUACCAUGCUUUUGAUCGUCUCGUUGAUCAGCACCUAGCUGAAGGAAAACGCCCACUGUUGCUUGUCGGUGUCGUCGGGUCCACCAUCCUCGGCCAAAACGACAUGAUCAGCAAGAUCUUGGAGGUUCGAAAAAAGUCUAAAUUCUGGCUUCACGUCAUCGGGCAAGCGGCUGCUGCUCUGGCUUUGAAGGAGCCCUCGGAGGUGUUGGUGCACGUGCUUUCUCAAGUUGACUCUAUCACAAUGCCACUUGCGACUUGGCUUGGAAUUCCGGCAGCUCCGGUUGUGACCCUUCACCGACAACCGGAGGGACACAAACCUACCUACCGUGAAAAGCUUGACACGCUCCCUUGGUGGGUGGCCACUCAAUACCUUACCACUCGCCGCAUCACCGACACCCUGGAGAACUGCUACAUGCUGAGCAAACUGAUGCUCAAAGGUCUCGCCAGCACUCCUCAAAUCGAAGUGAUUGGCAUGGAAAACCCGCAGUCGUUUGCUGCCCAGGUUUACAAGAACCAGUACACCGCUCCGACGGUUCUCGUCUUCCGCUACAAAUAUCCAAAGGCGAAGCAAGCUAGACAGGCUUGGGAAAUGUACCGAGCCCGUGAGGGUGAUAAGGAAGAAGCGGAAGGACAAGCUUUGCAUAGGGCCGCCGAUGAAGAAUUGGAAUACGCGGAUUCGUUGAAUAGCUGGCUGGGCCAAGGACUGCUCCAGGAAUGCCAGCAACUUGGCAUCUACAUGAUCGAACUGGGCGGAUUCCACGGCACCGCCUUCCGCUUCUGCCCUCUGGAACAUUCAGCUGCUCUUGCCUCCAACGCCGACCAUGUCCAGAAAUUCAUCAAGCAACUCGGGGAGAUCCUGAAGAUUGUCGAUUCUACUGUGGCUGCUAAGGCCAAGUUUGACGACAUCAAGGAGCAAUUCCCGCACCUUGCGCUUUUGCCGAUCAGAAAAUGGGCGGGUGUCGGAGCUGUUUGCUAUAUUCCAAACAUCGUGAAGGAUACUCCUUCCAUUGAAUGGAAUGAGAAGCAACGGCAGCAGGUCUCGCACCUUAACCUCGAGCUUGUUCAUCAACUACGUGUCGUCGAUUCCGCGUUUUCCUCUGGUGAAUCGGCCGCUUAUCAAGUAUCUUGCGUCAAGUUCGGCAUGCUCAGCGAUGCCAAAGAUUUGGUGGACCUCGUGCAAAUGGUGUCGGAUAAGGGAAAGGAGAUUGAGAACAGCCAGCAGUACCUCGAUAGUCUGGCUGAGUUGAUUCGACAGGGAAUUGAGGCCGCGAAUGAGGAUCUGAGGAAGGAGAAUGAGAAUCGGCUCCAGCAAGAGGGUGUGAUGCGUCAGCUACCGAUAAUGGGAUCGCUGGUGAAUUGGUGGUCGCCGUUGGAUAAGGAGAGUCAUGCCAUUAAAGGAAGAUCUUUUGAUUUGAAGACUGGUCAAAUCCUAUCCACGGAUACCGUCUUCCACUUCUCCCGAAAGUCGUCAAGCAGCUCGUUGGAUGCGCCUUUGGCCCCCCACACCCUAACCAAGACCACAGACCCUGUCCCUGAAGAAUCCGCCGCUGAAACUGCCGCGGAACAAGACGCCCAACUAACCACAGAACCACCAGCCAGCCCAACCCAGGAGAAACCCGUCGAAAAUGGACAC